GAAAAUCACAACAACCAAUGACGACAGCUGCUGGCACUUCCAAGCAGUGCUGUUAUAAUGGGUAGUCCCAUGUUCUGCGAUUAUAGCUGUAGAUGUACUUUAUUUGUAAACUUAACUUCGAAUACGUUGCGAUAGGCACUGACCGGCGCAGUGGCCCGAAACGCGUUGAUCGGAAUCAUGUAUUGCAGAGUUAACCAGCACGAGGACAACGACUACGCGGGGGGCGAGAAGGACGAUGUAUUGUGCGAUCUAAGCGAAUUCGAGGACGUAGUCGAGCCGCUACAACCCCUACAAAGCCCGGAUGCUGUGCUGCCGUGCGCAGCGCCCACCGCACUCUUCACUGACAGCUUCUACUACUGCCCGUCUAGCCACGAGUACCACCGGCGACUGCCACCGGUUCCCGGCUGCUGUCAUUACGGCCACUAUCAACUCAAGCACUCGCACAACACGUACCAGGAAGCAGACGACGAGAUGGAGGAAAGGGAAAGCAUCUAUCUCGACGCGGUGUCGGUCAACUCGGAUGGUGCGAACCGGAAGUCGCUGUAUCUGUCCCGCCAAACCGUCUAUCAUUCAGCCGAGGACGUGCGGUUCGGCUCAGUGGACUCGGGUGCAGACCGGACGUUGGGCAGCGUCGACAGCAGCAGCAUUCGCACCACCACCGAUGCCCUGCUGCAGGACUCGCGCCAUAAUGGUGGGCUGUCAAACAUGCCCUACGUGCCGCCGCCGCGGGCCACCAAGACGAACGCUGCGAAGGGUUUUAUCGGCGGCAUACUGAAGCCGGUUCUUAGCACCGAGUACAACGAACAGACAUGGAAAUACUUCCAGGACCAGAAACGCAUCGUCGAUUACGUGUUGGCGUUCAAUGGCGAAGAAACCGACCCGGUGGCAGCCACCAAGCGAACCUUGUUCCAGCGCAACCUGGAGUACGAGGGUUUGGAGAUCGAAACGGAAAACUGUCAGCGGAUACACUUCGUGAAGAUUCACGUUCCGGAGCAAGUGCUGUCACACUACUGCGAGAUAAUGAAGAUGCAGAUGCCAAUGAAGAAGCUAGGCAAUCAGGACAAGAUCAUCAUGCGGGACUUUAGCAUCCAGAGCACACUCGUGCGGUGGUUCCGGCGCCCGCUCUUCAACUUCGUCAUCAUCGAUCGCAAUAUCUUCGCAGCGCCCGAGUAUCGGUUACUGUACGAGUACUCGCGCGACAAGCCGUACUUGUUCAACGAUCAGGCACCAAAUUUCUUCACGCCCAGCAUACGGAUUGCGGUCGUCAACUUCAUCCUAGAACGGGCGUACUUUAGCGAGAACGUGGAUGACAAGAAAGAUAUUGGCAUCGGGCGGCUGGUGGAGGAUCAGGUGUACCUGGAUGCAUACCCACUGCACGAUGGCUGUACGGAUGUCAAGUCAAGCUGCCAACGGGCACUGCUGCUGCAGGAAUGGGCUUCAAUUAGCAAGUGGAUCAAGCACCAGCCGCUGGAUUACAUAAAGGAGUACUUCGGGGUCAAGAUUGCGAUGUACUUUGCGUGGCUCGGCUUCUACACACACAUGCUGAUACCUGCGUCGGUGGUCGGCUUGAUAUGCUUCUUCUACGGCUUGCUCACGUACCGAGACAAUCGCAUCAGCCAGGAGAUCUGCAGUGACAACCGCACGAUCAUGUGCCCGCAGUGCGACGAGCACUGUGACUACUGGUACCUCAACACGACCUGCAACAUCUCGAAGCUGGCGCACAUAUUCGACAACGAAAUGACGAUCGUCUUCUCGAUCUUUAUGUCCAUUUGGGCUACCCUGUAUCUCGAAAUGUGGAAGAGAUAUUCAUCGAAAAUUCAGCACCGCUGGGGCAUUACCGAAUACUGCUCGCUGGCAGAGCCACCACGGCCGCAGUACCUGGCCCGAUUGAAGAAUAUUAAGAAAACAAUGUUUAACAUUGCCACCGGUUCGCAGGAACCGUCGCCGCCGUUCUGGACCAAGAAGUUUCCCAGCUUCGUCUGUAGCUACUCUGUGAUUUUCCUAUUUAUUUUACUAACUAUUGCAGCCGUGUUCGGCAUCGUUGUUUACCGCAUGUCACUGAUGACUUCACGGAACAUAUACGGCGAUGGCGGGUCUGUAUCGGGCAAGCUAAUCAUUUUCCCCGCCACGACCGCCGUUAUCAAUCUGCUCGUUUCGACCGCCCUCACCUACGCCUACCAGUAUGUCGCGGUGUAUAUGACAAACGUGGAGUACCGCCGUACACAGACCGAGUAUAACGAGAGUCUCAACCUGAAGAUCUACCUCUUUGAAUUUGUGAACUACUACAGCUCUAUCUUCUACAUCGCGUUCAUCAAGGGUAAAUUCCCUGGCUAUCCGGCCAAAUACAACCGCAUACUGCACCUGCGGCAGGAAGAGUGCAGCCCGGGCGGUUGCCUGAUGGAGCUGUGCAUCCAGCUGGCCAUCAUUAUGGUUGGCAAACAGGCAAUAGGGGCAAUCACCGAAAUUCUGAUACCGUUUCUGGUGCAAAAGUUCAAGGAGUUUAGGAGCGUACUAGGCAUCGAGGCUGAGGGUAGCGACAACGGUGAACGCCUUAUAUGCUGCAACCAGUGGACCAAAGAUUUCAAUCUCAUCAACUGGAACGAUCGGAGUUUGUUCAACGAAUAUUUAAAAAUGGUGAUUCAAUACGGUUUUAUAACGAUAUUUGUGGUGGCUUUUCCACUGGGGCCGUUCUUUGCGCUGCUGAACAAUGUAUUCGAGACGCGGCUGGAUGCGAAAAAGUUCCUCCUGUACUACAAACGCGCAGUGCCACAGCGGGUACGCGAUCUAGGCAUCUGGUACAAUAUUAUGCACGUCGUCGGGAAGGUUGCUGUUAUAGCAAGUGCCUUUAUCAUAGCGUUUUCCUCCAACUUUAUCCCUCGGCUGAUGUACAUGCACGUCGUCAACCCGACCGGCACGGAUGAAGGCUUCGUGAACCAUACGCUUGCGUACUUCAAUGUUACGCACUUUGAGCAGCACGUAGCGCCCCUAGAAAGCCAGUACUCGAACGUUAGCAUUUGCCGCUACUCGGAGUACCGUAACCCACCGGAUGAUGCCCGCCCCUACAAGCGGCCCUCGAUCUACUGGCAAAUUUUGGCGAUACGGCUAACGUUCGUCGUCAUCUACCAGAAUCUGGUUAGCUUCGUGCAGAUCGUUGUGGCGUGGGCGAUACCGGAUGUGCCAGGUCGACUGCAAGACCAGAUUAAACGGGAACAGUACCUUACGAACGAAUACAUUAUCGAGCAGGAGAAGCUGAAGAUGCAGCGCACCAGCACCGCCAUCGCUCCGAAUGCACACAACGGACACAUACCGUCGGAGGAUGGUAGCCUGCCGGAGGAGAAGAUGAUGCACAACGCUACCGCUGUUGAGGACGGCGGUAACUACGCGGUACACCGCCAGCUGGACGACGAUUACGAUCCGUUUGAGGAUAGUGGGAUUGUAACGUCGAGGGUGUAGCUUGAAUGGGAAGGGAAGGAAGUGGAAAAGAGUUACUGUCUUCGCACAACGUAAUAGGACAGUCAGCUAACCGUGCUGGGUUGCGUAUUGCGCACAGAAACAAUGCCAAGUUCCUCCGUAUAAGUCACUAAACUAAAUUAUUCCCCAUUCUAUAUCGGGUAUACACGGUACGGCUAAUCAUAUGGAAGUUGCGCAAAUCGCCUCCUGUUGUGGUUGUUUAAUAAUCUUGUUUUUGUACUUCUACUCUGUUUGGGCUAUAUCUGUGCUGAGCUGCCUUAUUUAAAACGGAGUAGAAAAAACAUUUCUCCAAGAA